AUUGUAAGAAAAUAAAAAUCCAAAGACUAGACGUCAGUCGUCGUGUUGUGUCGUCGUACUAUGUCAUUUCACUGUUAUGUAUUAUACGGCUUUGUGGUCAAGUCAACUCAGCUGUUUUAAUUUCUUUUGUUUUUUAUUUUGUGGUGGUUGGCGAUUUUUUGUCGAAUUGGUUGUUCUUGCUUGCAUUGAUCUGAUUUUAAUACUACCUGCUUAGGAAUUAUCAAAAGAUCCAUGAGCUUUUUAAAAGGAAAAUAAUGGAGGGACUAACACAAAAUGAGAAGAUCAUUUGGUCUUGCUGGGAAGAUAAAUCACCCAGAGAUGUGGUUCGAGAGGCGGCAGCGAAGGGUACUCACAUCAAUUUGGCCAUAAAAUAUUUGAUGGCGAUUAAUUCAUGGCCUGAAGUUACUGCAAGGGAGUGGUUUUUAGCUGAGGUAAAAGCAUGGACAGUUCAGUUAUUAAUGAGAAAACAAAUCUUCAAAGUGCUUCAUGUUCUCGGCAAAGUUCAAAUUAAUCCCGAAGAUCAUUUGAUGACUUUGGCAGAGGCAUCUCCGCAGAUUGAAUAUAGAGAUUUUAUUGUUGAAAACAUUGAAAAGAUAUCUAAGAACAUUGCAGCAGAAAACCUAGAUAGAUGGAACACAUUUAAAAAAUAUUGGAACCUGUUGAGGUUUCUGGAGAAAUCUUUUGAGGUUGAUGGAACAUUCAAACAGAACAAGGUGUUUGGGGCUGGGAAAGAUAGAAUUAUUGUUAAUGAGAGUGAAAUUAAGGCUUUGACCAUUGAAAAUAUUGAAAAAUAUCCAGAGCAAUGGAAACGAAAAAUAGCUACAACUCUCUUUUUUGAUUCUUUUGAAUUUUCACUGUUGGAGUUCUCUUCACCUCAGGAAGUUUGGAAUCAUUUACUGGAACAAAACAAAGCAAUGAUUCUAGUCCGUUGGAUUAACAUUCAAACAUCAGAAGUGGUGCGCGAUUUGAAUGCACGUUACAACUUUUUUAAUAAUGAAGGGUUCGUGAAGAAAUUCCUGAAUGUUGAUACCAAAGGUUUUAACAACCAGGUCCUGGAAAAGUUAGACAACAUCUUCAGGAAUUGGCCCAUAUCCAAUGAAAUGAUAGAGAGUGUAGCAAAAAGUAACUGUUUUCCUUAUACUAAAAUGUGCAUCUAUGAUACCUUGUGCUCAUAUGGUAUAGUCAAUGAAGAUGAGCGUAAUAACCUGUAUCAGAUCAUAUCCAGGCUGACUAGGACUCAGAACUUGAGACUAAUUGACGAUAUAUUUUCCGAAUCAUGCGCAACAGUCACAAAACAACAGUUUUAUGUAGAAUUGGCAAAAUACUGUGUUAAAAAUAAACUGUAUAAAGUUUUAACAAUGUGUGUUGAAGGUCACAUUCUUAACACUGAUUUAUCGGAGGUGGAAAAAAGUGCAAAGGAAUGUAUUGAAUUGUGGCUCUUAUUUAAAAGUAUAGAACAGACUUCAGAUCGACAAAGCCAUGUUGUACCAGUGUACAAGACCUGUGAACAAAUAGCUUAUGAUGAUAUUGACAACUACAUUUGUUCCAAUCCACAUUUAGUGCUGGGAAUGAUUUUGCUAGAAGACAAUGCUAAAGUAUUUGAUAUUUUCUCUGAGGAAGAGUUUUUGAAUUUUAAAGAUUUUAAAUUGCCCAAUAAAGGGUAUAAAGACAAGCUUCCUCAUUUGUAUAAUGUUUAUAAAAAGUAUAGUGAUCCAAAACAAAAAUAUGACACAAGAGAUGUAAAUGUGUACCAGUUGCUUUCAGGGUAUAGAGGUCUCGAUGUAUCAAAGAUAUUUGAAUUUCAGUUGAUAAAUCAGAAUACUAAAAGUCUUUUAUCAGAAAAACCUGAUAGACGAAGUCUAGGUAGUUUAUUGGCUAGUGAGGUGGAUGUUAACGCAGCCAUCAUAAAAGUCUUUCCUCAGAGAAGCAUGGAUAUGCCAGAUUUUGCUAAUGAGAAGCUCAUGAAGAGAUAUGGUUAUGUAGCCAAAUUGAGCCAUGCUUACUACUUGAAGCAAUAUCGCCCUUGCAACGCAAGCCAGGCGUUCGUAGCACAACAAUAUUUGACUUAUAAUCGUCUUCAGGACAAGAGUAUAAAAAGCGCAUGUUGCGAAGCGCACGCGCUUGCUCUGCAGAACUGGUCCGACCCUGCGAUGACGGCGUGCGCCAUUUCAUUCGUAGCGAUGAUUGGCUGCAACCCGACAAGGUGCAGGGUUCACAUGUCCGCGGCCAAAAUGAUGAAGGACCACUUGUGUGGUCAGGGCACAUCAGAUGAUGAGGCCCAUAAGAUUGUCAACGAAUACAUGUCUAAACUGAUUCAAAGCAACGAUGAUGCCGCAAAAGAGAUAUUACAUAAUCUUGAAGAGAUUACCAUGUAUAAGCUCCAGGAAAAGCAUAUAACGGAUGCUAAAGUUGACAUGGCUGCAGUGCUGUAUGAAUCUCAGACAAUGGUUAAGUUCGCAAUAUUGCAUGAUUUGCCGCUUCCAGAGUUGUUGUUAAGGGAAUUUAUUCGAACGAACUCAUGGUUUAAUUUUCUAUUAUUCGGCGAUGUCUUCCGAUACCCUUUGCAACAGAUGUUGCAGUUGUCCCAGGAGUUUGAAAAUAAAGCAUAUGCGGAACACUUGAAGUAUAUCAUGCUGCACCGUAACUCCGAUGAGGGAUCUGAUAAGGAUUACAAGACUACAUCCAGUAAUGGGCAAAGAAGGAUAUCGCGGUUGAAUUCUUCAGAAACCAGCCCAUGCCACAGUUCCCACAGCAGCUCAGUGUCGUUCGAGUUCCCGUCGAGCGCGCACGUGGGCCGCGAGCUGUGGGAGGUGGCGGCGGCGUGCCACGGGCCCGAAGACCCCCCGGCCGCCCUGCUGCGGGCCGCCGACCUGUAUAGGGAGCCCUUACUCGUCCUUAUUGCCAGUUGUUAUGAGCCUAACGCAGUGGACGUGCUGUGGCUGCACUACGUGCUGUGUUCGCUGGACGCGGCGCGUGCCCAGGCGGCGCUGCGGCGUGAGCUGGCGCAGCAGCUGCCGCCCGCGCAGCAGUUCCAGCGCGUCGCCGAGCUCUGCCUCGCUGAUGGAUACGUCAGCACGCUGCACGAGUCUACUACAGUUUUCAUGCCGGAAAGUCCACUCACACUCCUCACAUCAUUCUUGCUUCGUUGCAUUCGCCAAAGGAAUUUCGACCCUGAGACCGUGAAGAUACUGACGAAUUUCGUCCAGCACUGCCAGCGAAAGUACAGUGUUGACACUUCGGGCGUGGCGUGGCAGUUGUCUAAGGAGGCAUUGCAAAGAGUAGCUGUUUCUCUUGUGAAGAUAGCCUUAACUCAGGGUUUUGAUAGCGCCUUCCAUCAGAGGGAGUUCCUGAGGUGUCUGUCUCAGGCUGAAUUUGGGAAAGGAUUUCUUGUACCGACACCAAACUUCAUAACUCUCCAUGAGAUACUACAAAUAUCAAUGGAGACAUCCAUUGUGGUCAACGUAGCUAAGUUGCUACAGGACGACGUCGAACAAUAUUUAUCUGAAUGCAUCGAAACUUACACGGCCAAUCGAAAUUACGAAGUGGCUCUUAAAAUAGCCAAACUUGCAAACCUCUCCGUCAAUAAUAUUCUCAAAGCUGAGUGGUCUUAUAAAUACGAAAUGAUGCUCAUAAACGAAGACAUCACAGUCAAAGACAAAGAUUUUACUCUUUUCAUCACUCAGUGCAGUGAAUCUUUCAAAAAAGCAGCUGUAACUUUCAACGAUGCUACGGAAUAUCUUAUAUGUCACGCGGAGCGUAUCACAGAUCCCGUGCAAAAAUUCUACACUUACAGAAUUAUCAUGAGUUGGUUCGAGGAGAAUCUCGAAUACGGAUGUAGACGGGAAGAAAUCGAGCAUCGAAUGUGGGACGCCUAUUUUCAAAGCGAACCGCAUAACGAUGUGUUUCUUAAUAGCUACAGAAGCACGUUGCAUUUCGUACUGAACGGGCAGAAAGAUGCGACUUUGUCGAGGAAAAUUGGACAAAUAAAUGUCGAUAAACCUUUUUCUUUGACGUUAAGAGAGAUAGAGAUCGAAUCUGAUGUUGUUAGUAUCGAAAAUGUUGUUACUUUGGACGAUCCUGACGCCAUUGAUAGUUGGCGGAAAGUAAUGUAUCAAUUAUUGGAGCUGAGGUUAUUAGUUGAUGCUUUUCGGCUAUCGGCGUUGUUCCGGACGCCACCUGAAUAUAGGUACAGGCCUCCAGCGUGCCCAGUGCAGAUAAUGCGAACAUGUCUGAAGUUAGCCGAAGGCACCUGCACACCGUACGAACUGCCUCAAGAAUUGAGGCUGGUUAUUUCUUCGCCAGUGCUACAGAAUAAACUAUCAGCGUCUGACACAUCGGACACGAGCUUCGAGGAGCUGGUGGUGAUCCAAGAGAAGCAACACGGCGCGCACGCGGCGGCGCUGUGCGCGCGCGAGGAGGCCGACCGCCUGGCCGCGCUCGACGCGCUCGCCGUGCGCUGCGCGCUGCCUCUCGCCAAACAGAUAGCCAGCUACUUCCGUAUAGCGCUGCAGAUAGGUUGGGACUACACGUCAGUGCUGAAGUACCAGAACCGCUCGGUGGACUUCAUCAACCUCGUGAGCGGCCGCGCGAGGAUGUCACUCGCCAACCUCGUCUUCAGGACCUUUAAUAUACCUUCUAAACAGAUCGCGGAAUACCUCUGCCGCGAAAUGGUAGCGGCGAUAAUAUCGCCCCACCUCGUGAAAACUUCCACAUUCAGACAAAAGGAGCACUUCCAAUACACGCUGUGGGGUUACACGCUCAGUUCCGACAUCGAAAUGUUCCUGAACAUGCGCCCAGACGCCUGCAGCCAUAUCGGCAGACUUAUCUUAGACCAUCUGAUGGCAUUUCAGAAGAUAUACAAAGCUACAAACCCGGUGCUACCAGAGAAUGUGUACGAUGAUAAUCAACUUGAUGUAGAAGCUUUGAUAGAUGAGGAAUACCAGAAUGUUGAAGGAGACGAAGUGGAGUCAGUUUUGACGGAAGAAGGGACGUUGAUGUCGGCUGAGACAGAGUCUGUUUUCUCUGUUUCCACUGUGUACACGACUGGCAUGAGAAUGUCCAGGGAAUCGAGGAGGAAUCUCUUUGAUAUGAUCUCGAGGGGGAACGUCCAUAUUAGAUAUGAAGUGAAGUCAAAUAUAAGGAAGAUAACGAAAGGUGCUAAGCUGUCAGCGAAGCAGGUGAACAUAAUCUGCAUCGAGCUUCUAGUGCUUGCGCACGAGUGUUUCUCCAGCGCGUGCGACACGGAGGGCGUGGCCGUGGCGCUGCGCUCUGCGCAGGCGCUCACAGCGCGGCUGCUGGGCGCGCGCUCGUGGCGGCUCAUGGUGCGGCUGCUCACCGGCCUCGCCCGCUACACCGAGUGCGGCUAUGUGUUCCAGGCACUACGCGACAACCAUCAAUUCGAGUUUCUGCUCGGCCAGUUCGACUACAUGCUCGGUCAGCAACCCGACAAAAUAGCGGAGUUCAAACAAGGGCUACUAGACUUCCUCAAAACACACUGCCCAGGCGACACAGACUCCUACAUAAUGGUCGCACUCCACUUCAACAUGUACGCCGAAGCGGCUAAUGUCAAAAGGAAACAGGCUACAGAUCUGAUUGAAGAUUUAGAGAAAAUGUCGCUGGACGCAGCUAAAAGAACGUCUAAGAAACCGUUCCAGCCGCCCGCCUGGCUGCAAAUACACGACAAUGUGCCGACGAGGUCGCUGUUGGAAACUGCGUUAAAUCACUGCACGGACGCUGCUGAGUUGUACUUGCAGGCCGGAUGCACUGGCUUCGCGGGCGAGAUGGCGGCGCUGGCGCAGCAGAUAGCCCUGCAGAUGUCUCUACUGAACGCCUCGCCAACCAGACUCAUCCUAAACAGGACCACGGAACAACUUUAUAAACUUGUCAGCGAAUAUUUGAGUUUCAUGGAAGGGCUGGUGCUGCUAUCGGGCCGUUGCGCGUCGUCGUGGCGGGAGCUGGCGUACCGGCGCGCGCUCGGCAACGACCAGGCCUUCCUCCGCGACAUGGCCGCUUACAGACCUGAUGUGGCCCACAGCUUCCUCGCCAGGUACAAAAUGGAGAAAAACAAAACGGCCGUAUCUCAAACCGCCAUGACAGAACUGAAAAACCUUUGUAGAUGAUAUAUACCUAUGUACUUCAGGUAAGAAAGGCAUUUUCAUAAAGAUCUCUAAUCGCAUAUAAUGCUCGUUAUUUUCGUUCCAAAGUAUAGAUUAUAAUAAUUAUAAGGUUUAAAGAAAUUAUUGUUUUGAAAAAUUUAUUAUAUUAUGUAAUCUAUAAUAAUCUAAAAUAUAUAUAAAUUUAGUACUAAUAUAACUGUUAUUAACUCAAAAAGUGACUAAAGCAAUUUUUAUUUAAUGUUUCGCUGUGAUAUUUUUAUUGACUGAUGAAUUUAUUUAUGUAUUUUUAUAUUCAGCUUAAGGAAAUAAAAUAAUUUUGUAAUCUUA